AUGCUGUACUCUCCAACCACGGCAGUCUUGACCUGCACUGUACUCUUGACCGCCUAUCUGUUCGCAUGCCGACUUCGUGAUUAUGCACGUCUAAGACACGUUCCUGGGCCCUAUUGGGCUGCCUGGACCGAUUUCUGGUUGAUACGGAAUCAAUUGAGCGGCAGGCUCAAUUUUACCCUGCAAGACCUCAAUAAACAGCAUGGUUUUGUCGUUCGGAUCGCUCCCAAUUGGGUCGUCUGCGGCGAUGGCGCCGAGCUGCGCCGCAUGUGGGCAGUUCGCUCGCCUUGGAAACGAGGACAUUGGUAUCGCGGCUUACGAAUCGACCCUUACCGAGACAGCACCAUCUCGACGAUAAACGACAAGACUCACGAGGCCCUCAGGUCCAAACUGGCGGCUGGCUAUUCGGGGAAGGACGUGGACGGCGUACACGAGCUCAUCAAUGAGCAGGUUGCUGGACUCGUCAACUUGCUGGAAACCAAGUAUCUUUCUACCGACACCACCUUCAAGACAGUCGACCUGGCACGAAAGGUCCAGUUUUUUACCCUCGAUGUCAUUUCCGCCUUAGCGUUCGGAAACAAGCUUGGCUACUUGGACUCUGACAACGACACGUUCCGCUACAUCGAGACCACGGAGAGGACCGUCCCGGCCAUGUUGGCGGCGGCACUGAUGCCCUCGCUCAUCGAGAUCAUACAAUCACCGAGGCUCAAAUGGCUCAUGCCGGACACCAAGAACAUGACAGGCAUUGGUCAUGUCAUGAAGAUGGCCCGCGACGUUGUGCAGGAACGCUACGGCGAUAAACCCGUCGUCAAGCGUGACAUGCUGGGGUCUUUUAUCGCUCAUGGACUGUCGAAGGAAGACGCUGAAGGCGAGACUCUGGUUCAAAUCAUUGCAGGAUCCGAUACUUCUGCAACGGCAAUCCGUUCUACAAUGCUGUUCUUGAUCACCAACCCACACGUUUAUGCUCGUCUGCAGGCCGAAAUAGACACCGCCAUCAAGUUAGGUCGGAUAUCCUCACCGAUUACCGACGAGGAGGCCAGGAAGUUCGAUUACCUCCAGGCCGUCAUCAGAGAGGGUCUGCGACUAUGGCCGCCCGCGACCGGUUUGCUGCCCAAGGUGUCGGAGCAAGAUGAGGUUGUCUGCGGAGUACAUAUACCGGCAGGCACCAAUGUCGCCUGGGCGCCGUGGACUGUCAUGAGAAGCAAAGAGACCUUUGGUGAAGAUGCCGACUUGUUCCGCCCAGAACGUUGGCUUGGGAUUUCCGAAGAGAAGUACAGGGCGAUGGACCAGCAAGUCAUGAUGGAUUUUGCUUCCGGCAGCCGAUGGGAGUGUCUCGGCAAGAACAUUGCCAUGAUCGAGCUAAACAAAGUUUACGUUGAGCUGCUGAGAAGAUUCGACAUUACCUUGCUGGACCCUUCGAAUCCUUGGAAGUCCUUCAACGCCGCUUUCUUCAUCCAAAGCGAGAUGCAUGUCAAAGUAACGCGGCGAUUUUCUACAGCUUGA